AUGAAGGUCAAAGUUAUAUCACGUUCUACAGAUGAGUUCACUAGAGAAAGAAGCCAAGACCUUCAGCGCGUGUUUCGUAAUUACGACCCCAUUCUUCGUCCUCAAGAGAAAGCACUUGAAUAUCAACGAGCUCUUAAUGCAGUCAAGUUGGACAAGAUAUUUGCAAGACCUUUUAUUUUAGCAAUGGAUGGACAUGUAGAUUCUGUUUCGUGUAUGGCUAAGAACCCUAGUCAGUUGAAAGAGAUUUUCUCUGGUUCAAUGGAUGGAGAUAUUCGUCUUUGGGAUAUAGCUGCCGGGCGGACCACUUAUCGGUUCCCUGGUCACCAAGGUGCUGUGCGAGGCGUGACAGCAUCUACCGAUGGUCGCAUUCUUGUCUCAUGUGGAACUGAUUCCACUGUCAGACUUUGGAAAAUUCCUGUUUCUUCUUCUAUGGAGUCAGAUUUCUCAAUUAAGACUGUUGAGCCGGCAAGUGUUUAUACUUGGAAGAAUGCAUUUUGUGCUGCCGAUCACCAGUGGGAUGGUGAGCAUUUUGCCACAGGUGGCGCUCAAGUAGAUAUAUGGAACCACAACAGGUCUCAGCCAGUAAACAGUUUUGUAUGGGGAUCCGAUACAGUGCUUUCUGUCCGCUUUAGUCCGGCAGAACCAAAUCUAUUGGCAAGUUCAGCCAGUGACAGAAGCAUAAAUCUGUAUGAUUUGCGUAAGGCUACUCCAUUGAGGAAACUGAUAAUGAUGACCAAAACCAAUUCUAUAGCUUGGAACCCGAUGGAACCCUUAAAUUUUACAGUUGCAAAUGAAGAUGGUUGCUGCUACAGUUAUGAUCUCAGGAAUUUGGAUAUAGCCAAAUAUGUUCAUAAGGAUCACGUUUCUGCCGUGAUGGAUAUUGACUACUCACCAACUGGUCGAGAGUUUGUUACCGGAUCUUAUGAUAGAACAGUGAGAAUCUUCCCUAAUACUGCUGGUCACAGCCGAGAGAUUUAUCAUACUAAAAGAAUGCAAAGAGUAUUCUGUGUCAAGUUCACCGGUGAUGGAAGUUACGUGAUUUCGGGAAGUGAUGAUACUAACCUCAGGCUUUGGAAGGCCAAAGCAUCAGAACAGCUCGGAGUAAUUCUCCCAAGAGAAAAGAAGAAGCAUGAAUAUCACGAGGCGAUAAAGAAACGCUACGGACACCUUCCUGAAGUUAACCGUAUCGCAAGGCAUAGGCACUUACCAAGACCAGUAUACAAAGCUGCUGCAUUGAUGCGCACUAUGGCGAUUGCUAAGAAAAGAAAGCAUGACAGGAGGAAAGCUCACAGUGCUCCGGGGAGUGUUACAACAAAGCCGUUGCGCAUUAAAAGAAUUGUCAAAGAAGUUGAAUGA